AUGAACACGUUGCCAUGGGGCACAAGAAUAACGCAAAAAGAGAAUACUGGAGCUAUAAAUGAACAGGCAAGAAUCUUUUUAGAAAAUCACACAAACAACCUUUUCGGGAAGACGGGAAAUAUUCCAUUUAACGAAGACAAAUACUUAUGGUCUAAGUUUAAUUACAUUCCGAAUCAGUAUGAACCAGCCUUGUCCGAUAAAAAAAAUGUCAUACAUAGAAUUGGAGAUGUGAGUGAAAAUCGAAAUGUAAGAACCAUAGAAGAUAUACUAGGCACGUGGGAAGAUAUAUUCAAUAAUAGUUUAAUGGAUAAUAUACUACCAACAAUGCCAGUUCCACUUCCCCGAAGUGAAGAUCACAGACAACCAAAGGAUUCCAGCCUAAAAGACUGUGUGGUACCCGUUUAUCUGAGCUGUAUUCCAAAAAUAUCCUAUGGUCCAAUGAGCUAA